AAGUUAGAGAAGUCGAUGUUCAUGUGUGUUGCUUGAAUUUCCAGCAUCUGCAGAAUUCCUCGUGUUUGCGUUUUAAAAGCAGUGCUGUAACCGGCCGAGUACAUGACUGACCUCCCGAUGUGUCAGAGCGGCGAGGGGGGCAAUCGUCCGCCGGCUGGGAACUCCAGGUGCGACCUACCGACCAGGGACGGAGCGCGUCAAACGGGCUGAUAUACCAGAACGUGCCGGCGUUAAUAAACAGAAUAUACGAGAACCCGCAGUAAACACGGUGACAGAUAAGUCUCACUGAGCUCCCUUCUCCUCCGCCCUUCGUCCCGGGGCCGCACUGCGGUUUCUCCCCGGCAUCCCGGUACUGUAGUCCAGGCCGGAGCAGAGAGAGCGCGGACCGGAAGUGGGGCUGCCGUGCCGGAAGCGGAGUGGCGGACGGGAGUGGCGGACGGACGCGGAGGGCCCCCAAACGGCGAUGAGCGCGGAGAUUCGGCCCGUCCGCCCGCUUCUCGCCGGGGGCCGCCGCGGCCGAGCCGGCGUCUUCUCCUGGGUCAGGAGCCGUUCGCUUGGCCGCGGCCUCGGGCCGCUGGUGGACCCCAGCCGCGACACUUACUGCAUCAUGACCAGCCUGUACUACUCGAUGAACCCCGCCGACUCGGUGACGCUCGGCACCAAAACGCACGGAGCCGCCUUCAACCUGGAGUACUCGCCCGACGGGUCAGUUUUGACGGUGGCAUGUGAACAGACAGAAGUCCUUUUGUUUGACCCAGUUUCCUCAAAGCACAUCAAAACUCUGUCUGAAGCCCAUGAAGAUUGUGUCAACAACAUCAGGUUUCUUGACAACAGGCUAUUUGCUACUUGUUCUGAUGACACCACAGUGGCACUGUGGGACUUACGAAACCUCAACACGAAGGUUUGCACCUUGCAUGGCCAUACGAGUUGGGUAAAGAACAUUGAGUAUGAUACUAACACAAGACUGCUGGUUACAUCAGGAUUUGAUGGAAAUGUAAUCACCUGGGACACUAAUAGAUGCACAGAAGAUGGCUGUCCACAUAAAAAAUUCUUUCACACCCGCUACUUGAUGCGAAUGCGCCUAACACCAGAUUGUUCAAAGAUGCUGAUAUCCACAUCAUCUGGUUACCUGCUAAUUCUCCAUGAUCUUGAUUUAACCCAGUCUCUAGAAGUUUCCAUGCACCGUAGUUUCAGAGGCAAACGCUCUGCUUCAGGGACAGAUUUGAAUUUAUCUUCUUGUAGCUUGCCUGGUUUACAGUCACAAAAUCAUCAGGUUGGUGCAUCCUGGAGCUCUGAGAAAACUCCGUCUCAGGCUGGUGCGAGUGCAGAUGGAAAAGGUGGAUUUCCAAGCAAUAGCCUUGAAGUUUUAUCACCAGAGAUUCCUGUGGAAAGAGACCGAAGAAGCUGUAUCACAUCUUUACAACUUCACCCUAAAGGCUGGGCUGCAUUAAUUCGGUGCACAAGCAGUAGUGAUGAUCAAGAGUGGACCUGUAUAUAUGAAUUCCAAGACGGACCUCCAGUUCAGACAGCCUCUCCUCGUUGCUCUCUCUGCCUGACACACUACAUUGAAGAAGCUAACGUUGGUCGUGGUUACAUUAAGGAACUUUGCUUCAGCCCAGAUGGGCGUUUGAUUUGUUCCCCGUUUGGCCAUGGAAUACGCUUAUUAGGGUUUGACAGCCAUUGCAAUGAACUGUGCGAUUGUUUACCAAGAGAAGCCGUUUCACUGAAGGAAAUUAGAACUAUUUAUUCGCACAGUGAUGUCGUGCUUACAACAAAGUUCUCGCCCACUCAUUGUCAGCUCGCCUCUGGGUGCCUUAGUGGUCAGGUAUACUUCUACCAGCCCAAGUUUUAAAUAAUCUGGAUUAUUUACAGGUUGUAUUGAUAACAAAAUGUUUUAAUUACUGCAGAUUGCAAUUAAUAUUCAAGGUGUUUGAUGAUAUCCUUAAGUACAAAUCCAUUCAGUUUUCAGUGCAUUGCAAUAAACCAGUAUUUGUUACUAGACUUAACAGCAAAGCUGAUUUUCUGCAGUUAGCUCCAGUAAGGAAUUGUCAUUUCCUAAUAUUGUGUGAUUUAUAGCUGCUGCUAAUGUAAUAUUAUAUCAGUAUUUCAUGUAAAACUUGUUAGCUUGGUUAUUGUACAUACAAACUUGCAAAUGCAAAUUAUUUACUGAAAAUUGAGAUGGAUAAGUUUGGGUAAAAGCUCUGUUACAUGGAGAUAAUAAAUUUGACCUGCAGCUUCAUUUCCUGUUUAAAUGGAAUUUAAGCAAAAAUAUUGACUAACGUUCCUGCAGCUAUUUAGUGGUGCAGCAAGAGUAAAUUAUUUAAAUUAAUAUGCAAAUAUACAUUCCAAAUAUUAAAAUUUAAACACUGCUGUUAAGAGAACAGUGUAUGAAUAUAUAAUAUCACAAAUUCACAUGGCAACUGAUUAAAUUUUAAUAAAGAAAUUAACAAGA